UCGUCAUCAUCUGUCAAAAGAUUGAUGUUUAUUUGGUUUAUUUUUUAUAAGAGAAAAUGAAAAUAGCCUUGUAAAUAUUCGUUUAUUUGGUAAAAUCAUAUAAAAUGAGUGAAAAACAAAAAAUAUUAUUUUGUGGCGACGUAGAAGGAAAAUUUGAUGCAUUGUUUAAAAGAGUUGAAACUAUUAACAAAAAGUCUGGGCCUUUUGAUUGCCUUCUAUGUGUGGGAAACUUUUUCGGCAUUAACAACAAAGAAUUUAUUCCAUAUAAAUUAGGGGAUAAAAAAAUCCCUAUACCCACAUACAUUUUAGGACCAAAUAAACAAGAACAUGUUGAUGAGUACCCUUCAGAUGAGUCCCAGUUCGAAAUAUGUAAUAAUGUGUAUUAUUUAGGAAAACGUGGAGUGUAUACAGACAGUAAAGGCAUAAAAAUAGCGUACAUUAGUGGUGUAUCAGGAAAGAAUUCUUCAACAGUAUGUGGUUAUAAUGAGAAAGAUGUAUCAGACCUAUGUGAUGUGUGUGUUAAAGGAAAUCCUUCGUUUAGAGGUGUGGACAUAUUAUUAAGUUCUCAGUGGCCUUCGAAUGUAAUUCAUGAAGGUGCUAAAAAUGUUUCUCUUGUAGUGAAUUCCACAAGUGAUUUUCUAGGUUAUAUAUGUCUAAAACUUAAGCCACGAUAUAUUGUAAGUGGCCUCGAGGGCAUAUACUACGAAAGGCCACCUUUUAGAUGUCCAAAUCUAGGUGAUCACGAUACAACAGUUGAGACUGCAACUAGAUUUAUAGGUUUGGCUAGAGUAGGAAACUCGAGUAAGGAUAAAUGGAUAUACGCUUUAAGCAUAACUCCAUUAGAAAAAAUGAAAAUUACUGAAUUAUUGCAAAAAACUAUAGACGAAACUCCUUGUCCAUUUAAUUUUCAUGAUUUGGAAAGUAAAAUACAUAAGAAUUCUAGAAAAACGAUUAGUACUAGUCAAUACUUUUAUGACAUGAAUGCUCCAAUGGAUGACCAUAAGGGUAAAAAUAAAGCAAAGAGACCAAAAAUUGAAUUUGACCAGAGUAAAUGCUGGUUUUGUUUAGCCAGCCCUUCGGUAGAAAAGCACCUGAUUAUAUGUGUUGGAAAUACAACGUACCUAGCACUAGCAAAAGGUGGUAUGGUUGAUGAACACUUUCUCAUUUGUCCUAUAGAGCACCAUCAAUCCAGUUUAAGUUUACAAAAAGAUGUUUUAGAUGAAAUAAAACUAUUUAAAGACAGCCUAAGAAAAUUUUUUGAUCGUGAUGGUAAACUAGCUGUAUUUUUUGAAAGAAACUAUAAGACUUCACACAUGCAGCUGCAAGCUGUUCCAAUUCCGAAAAAUGCUAACAGGGAAUUAAGAGAAAUCUUUAUAGAUGAGUCAGAAGGCCAAGGAUUUAAAUUGGAAUCUCUAGACUCGUUUAAUCGUUUGGACCAAGUAAUUCCUCCGAAAGUACCAUAUUUUACUAUUGAACUACCUGAUGGCAGUCUUCUUUAUACGAAACUUCAGGGUUCUGUUAAUUUUCCUCUGAAUUUUGCACGGGAGGUUCUUGCGUCUGGUCCUGUUUUGAAUAUGAAAGAACGAGAAGAUUGGAGAGCUUGUGUUUUAGGAAAGGCAGAAGAAGAAAAAUUAGUACAAAAGUUAAGGACAGAUUUUGAACCAUAUGAUUUUACAGCUGAUUAAUGUAAAAAUUAGAAAUUAUUUUGUGACAAAAUUGAUUCUAAAGAUUAUAAACAUAUUUUGUAGUAAA